AUUUUACUCGGCAAGAUGUCCAACACUCGUGUUCUACUUUGUUUCAUCGUUCUAGCCGCUUUCGCGAUUGCGAAUGCUUCUGGUUCCGAAUCGAAGGAAAGGAUUGGUGUGUAUGCUCUCAAGAAGGGUGAUCUUUCAGUCAAGUUCACCAACUGGGGUGCAACUAUCAUCUCCCUUGUUUUACCGGACAAAAAUGGAAAGCUUGCUGAUGUAGUUCUCGGGUACGAUUCCGUCAAAGAGUACACGAAUGAUACUUCUUACAUCGGUUCUGUCGUUGGACGGGUUGCUAACAGAAUUGGAGGAGCUCAAUUUACGUUAAAUGGAACUCACUACAAGUUAGUUGCUAAUGAGGGAAAAAACAUGCUUCAUGGUGGCAAAAAAGGAUUCAGUGAUGUUGUCUGGAAAGUGAUAAAGCACAAGAACGAAGGCCAUUCUCCUUCCAUUGUCUUCACCUAUCAUAGUGCCGAUGGCGAACAAGGAUUUCCCGGCGAUGUGCUAGCUACCGUGAGCUAUACCCUCACUGGAGACAACCAACUGAGCAUAAAAAUGAAAGCUAAGGCUCUAAACAAGCCGACUCCGGUGAGUCUAGCUCAACACACCUACUGGAACCUCGGCGGUCACAACAGUGGCGAUAUUCUGUCCCAGGACGUCACGAUCUUUGCCUCUCAUUACACUCCCGUCGACAGUCACCUCAUUCCCACCGGCAAAAUAGCUUCUGUAAAAGGAACCCCGUACGACUUCCUCAAGCCAAAUGAUGUGGGAAGCAGGAUCAACAAGCUGCCUAGCGGUUACGACAUCAACUACUGCCUCGACAGCAGCGGUGUAGGCAACAAACUGAGGCCUGCCGCGGUGGUGCACGACAAAAAGUCCGGGAGGGUUUUAGAGCUGUCGACGAAUGCGCCCGGCUUGCAGUUCUACACGAGUAACUUUCUCAAGGAUGUGAAGGGGAAAGGAGGGUUUGUGUAUGAACCGCAUGCAGCGUUGUGCUUGGAGACUCAAGGGUUUCCCGAUUCUGUCAAUCACCCUAAUUUCCCUUCCACAAUUGUGACUCCUAAAAAGCCUUACAAGCAUUUUAUGCUUUUUAAGUUUUCAAUUAAAGCUUAAAUUAGCUUCAUAUGUCUCACCUUUUGUGAUUUGAAUUUCUUGUAAGGUUAGGUUCCAGGGAAUGAAUAAAUGUAAUGAUUAAAUACAUUGAUCUGGACAUAAUUCGAAGAUUUUUCCCCAGCA